CAUAUAUUUAUAAUUACGACAUUUUUUCGCGCGACAUGACAUAAUUUUUUCUGUGAAGAGCAGCAGCAUUUUAUUUGUAAUAAUAAUUUAUCAAUAUAGAUCAAAAGGGAAGUAUCAACUAAAAUUAUAGAAAUAAUCAUGUCAAGAGUUGGAGUAUUGGCAUUAGGACCAGCAGGAGUAGGGAAGUCUACUUUCUGUAAUGCUAUAAUAUCCCAUAUGCAAUCCAUAGGACGUCGAGCUCAUAUCGUUAAUUUAGAUCCUGCUGCUGAAGCUACUGAAUAUGAAUUUACUAUUGAUAUUCGAGAUUUAAUUUCAUUACAAGAUGUUAUGGAAGAAAUGGAUUUAGGUCCAAAUGGAGGAUUGAUCUAUUGUUUUGAAUUCCUUUUGAAUAAUCUUGAUUGGUUGGAUGAAGAAAUUGGAGAUUUUAAUGAUGAAUAUUUAAUCUUUGAUUGUCCUGGCCAAAUUGAAUUAUAUACUCAUAUUCCUGUUUUACCAACCAUCGUAAGACAUUUACAACAAAGUUUGAAUUUUAAUUUAUGUGCUACUUAUUUAUUAGAAGCUCCAUUCAUAAUAGAUACUUCUAAAUUCUUUUCUGGAGCUUUAAGUGCUAUGUCAGCUAUGAUAUUAUUAGAAUUACCUCAUAUUAAUAUCUUAUCCAAAAUUGAUUUAGUUAAAGAUGAAUAUAAUAAAAAACAAUUAAAGAGAUUCUUAAAUCCUGAUCCAUUAAUCUUAGCUAGAGAAGAUGAAGAUUAUAAUCCUAAAUUUGCCAGAUUAAAUAAAUUAAUUGCAAAUUUAGUGGAUGAUUUUGGUAUGGUUCAAUUCUUACCGUUAGAUUGUCGUAAAGAAAGUGAUUCAGUGGCUACUAUUUUAAGUUAUAUAGAUGAUGUGACUCAAUGGAGUGAAAGUCAAGAACCUAAAGAACCUAAAGAUGAAGCUGAAAUUGAAGAUGAUAAUGAAUAGAUAUAAUCAUAAUAGAUUAUAGUUUUGUAUAGUAUUAAAUAAAAGUCAUUCCUGUAUAU